GGACAACCAGCAGAAGCGGUAGUUUUUGGUUUCGAAUUAUGGAUAACAGGAUAAGGAACCAACCUCCCAAUGAUCCAGUGUCACCCUUCGCAAUGCGCCGCUACACUCGUCCUCUCGCCGUGACCCUAUGACUCUCCUUCUCCUCCCGCUCUCUCACUCCUCCUUUGCUCCGCCGAAAGCCCAUGCCUCCUCCCCUUUCUCUCCUCGCGCGCACUCUUCCUCCUCCCCCUCCACCGUGAGUACCCAGCCCGGCGCCAUCAUCGUCGGCGCCGGCCUUGCCGGCCUCGCCGCCGCAACCCACCUCGCCGCCUCCUCCAUCCCCUUCCUCCUCUUCGAGGCCUCCGACGCCGUCGGCGGUCGCGUCCGCACCGACUCCCUCGACGGCUUCCUUCUCGACCGCGGCUUCCAGAUCUUCCUCACCGCCUAUCCGGAGGCCCGCCGCCUCCUCGACUACCCCUCCCUUCGCCUCCGCCCCUUCUACCCGGGCGCCCUCGUCUACCACGCCCGCCGCUUCCAUCGCGUCGCCGACCCCUUCCGCCGCCCCAUCCACGCCCUCGCCUCCCUCCCCAACCCCAUCGGCUCCCUCCCCGACAAGCUCCUUGUCGGUCUGGCCCGCCUUCGAGCCGCCUCCCUCCCGGACUCCGUCCUCCUCUCCGCCCCCGAGUCCACCAUCUCCGCCCGCCUCCGCGCCGCCGGCUUUUCCCCGGCCAUCGUGGACCGCUUCUUCCGCCCCUUCCUCGCCGGCAUUUUCUUCGACCCCGACCUCGCCACGACCUCCCGCCUCUUCGACUUUGUCUUCAAGUGCCUCGCCCUCGGCGACAACGCCCUUCCCGCCGCCGGCAUCUCCGCCAUCCCUGCCCAGCUCGCUGCCCGCCUUCCCCCGGGUUCCCUCCGCCUCCGCUCCCGCGUGGUCGCCGUUGACGCGGGCAGCGGCGCCGCCCGCCCGCCGUCCGUCACUCUUGAGGAAGGCGAUGCGAUCACUGCGGAUCUCGGGGUCAUCGUCGCCGUCGAGAAACCGGAGGUCGAGAAGCUUCUCCCCCAAGCCUUCCCCCAAGAAGAGAAGAAACCGAAACCGGUUCGAAGCACGGUCUGCCUUUACUUCUCCACCGACCGGGCUCCUGUCCAGGAGCCGAUACUCAUCCUGAACGGCUCAGGCGAGGGGAUCGUCAACAACAUGUUCUUCGCCACCAACGUGACGCCGUCCUACGCCCCCGUGGGGAAAGUUCUGGUAUCCGUGUCGCUGAUCGGGGCGUUUUUGGAGCGGUCGGAUGAGGAUCUGACGGCGGAGGUGGUCCAGGAGCUGACCGGGUGGUUCGGAGCGGAGGUCCGGUCGUGGAGGCACCUGAGGACGUACCGGAUCGAGUUCGCCCAGCCGGACCAGACCCCGCCCACGGAUUUGGUUGGCAAGGAGCCGCGGGUCGGCGAAGGCGUGUACGUUUGCGGCGACCACCGGACCUCGGCGACGUUCGAUGGGGCGUUGGUGUCUGGGAGGAUGGCGGCGGAGGCCUUGAUCAGGGAUAGGGGGUUGUCCAAGAUGUAAUUUUGGCCGUCUGAUGACGACUGAUCGGUCUACAGUUAUUCUUUCAGUUGUUUUAGUACAACGCAGUGUCUGAAAUCCAUGUAUUUGUUUGAGUGCGCCAUUCGUCAAGGAAGGAAUCAUGUUCUGUUUUUUUU